AUGAACCGAUUGAAAAUAAUAGAGGAUAAAUUUGCUGGUAUGGAAGAAAAUUAUAGAACUACAAACAAGGUCGAUAAAAGACAGUUUGCCUUUUUCCGGAAUCCCGAAAAUGACGCCAACGAAAAUUCAGAAACUAUGCUGAAAGAGUUUAUUAAGUCUGAAAUGGGAGUUGAGGAGGAUAUAGAGUUCCAAGUUGUCUACAGGCUGAGGAAGCGCCCAGACGACAAGCCUCGAUCGAUGGUGGCUAGUUUCGUGAAAAGAAAAGACCGCGAAACUAUCCUCAAAGCCGCGCCUAAUCUGCGUAACAAAGUAUACUCUGUAAAUGAACAGUUUCCCCAAGAGCUAAACGAUAGACGGCGCGCACUGUAUCCAGUUUACAGGGAGGCUCGUGAUCGCGGGCAAAAUGCUCGACUGAAGGGAGACAAAUUGUUCAUUGACGGAAGGCUAUACAAUCCAUCCCCACAAGAAUCAGCUACCACGACCUCCUGUGUGGCCCGCCGUGAUCCAAGCCGUCCUUCCGGUUCCGGUCCCGCUUCCGGUCACGAUAGGAGACGGCAACCACGUGGACGCGGACACUCUAACCAUCAGUACAGUUAG